AUGUUGCUGUCGCCCGUCAAAGGCCGCCUUCAUGACGGCCAGGCAGCAGGCCGAGGAGACGGGAAGCUCAGUGCCGAAUCAUCCCUGGUCAGGCACGGGAGUUGGCUCUGCUGUAUCGCGGAUGCUAGCAGCAAUCACCGGGUCCAAUCAAAUAAAUUUGACUCGCCCCCAUCAUAUGUGCUCGUCGCCGAAUCUGAUGAGUGUCCGCCUCGUGCACACCCAGCAUCUCUGCUCGGAGAGGCUACGGGCCACCCGGCAAAAGUUCCGCAAGACUGGUUACAGUCCAAUACAGACCUUGACGUGUCUGGCUUUCGUCAACCUCACACAUCUACGAACGUGACUUUGCGCGAGCAAACGCGAGACAAAACCCUCAUGGGGGUUCAAUUGAUACAUAUCAUCUCGCCGGCAUCAACCUACCAACAUAGAGUUCAAGGUCAACCAGACGAGGAGUCAGACUCGGUCCCCCACCAAAGAACGUCGGGUGUGAGCAAGUGCAGUUGGACGGGAUACUUGUACACUCAUAUUCGCUGCGCAAAAAUCGAUCAAAUAUUUGACAAGACUCUCUCCGUGUGA